UGUGCCUUGUGUAAGCAUUACACGAAUGUUACAACACGCAGUUCCCUGAUGCAAGCUGAGAAGACACUGCUCGAAAUAAAGCCAUUUAUCUAAAGGUCUAAUGAACUGACUUCGGAGCGAAGCACCGAAGGAAGCCAUUGUCUAUAUAUUUCUUGUCAAUUUUUGUUAUAAAAACAUACAGAUUGCUCAAAGAUGAUGAACACGACACUGUCGAGGAAACUUUUUGGCUCCAUGUGUGUCAACUGCAGCCCUCGACUGAGCUACACUCAAAGCUCUGGCAACACUGUGCAACGACAAAAAGAGGUGAUCAAAAGUAGGGACCUAGAAAAGGAUGAACUCAGACCUCUCUAUAUGGACUUUCAAGCAACUACACCGAUGGACCCAAGGGUUUUGGAUUCGAUGCUUCCCUAUCAAGUGAAUUACUAUGGCAACCCACAUUCCAGGACUCAUGUUUAUGGAUGGGAAAGUGAGAGUGCAAUGGAAAAAGCAAGAAAACAAGUAGCAUGUCUUAUUGGUGCUGACCCAAGAGAGAUUGUGUUUACCAGCGGUGCAACAGAAUCUAACAAUAUGGCCAUCAAAGGUGUUGCUAGGUUUUAUAAGGCUAGGAAAAAGCACAUCAUUACCACACAGACAGAACACAAGUGUGUGCUAGAUUCCUGUCGUGUUUUAGAAGCAGAAGGCUUUGAUGUAACCUAUUUACCAGUGAAAAGUAAUGGGAUCAUUGACUUACAGCACCUAGAGGAAAUGAUCCGACCUGAUACAAGCUUGGUGUCAAUCAUGACCAUCAACAAUGAGAUUGGGGUCAAACAGCCAAUCAGAGAUAUAGGUAAUCUGUGUAGAUCCAAGAAUGUCUUCCUGCACACUGACGCGGCUCAGGCUGUGGGAAAGAUUCCUAUUGAUGUCAUUGACUGGAAAGUGGAUCUGAUGUCCAUCAGCGCACAUAAGAUCUAUGGGCCCAAAGGAGUUGGUGCUUUGUACGUAAGGAAAAGGCCCAGAGUUCGUAUUGAGCCUUUGCAGAGUGGAGGGGGUCAAGAACGGGGCCUGCGCUCAGGGACUGUACCCACACCUCUAGCUGUGGGACUUGGAGCUGCUUGUGAGGUCGCCCUGCAAGAGAUGGAGUAUGACCACAAUCGUGUGACCAUACUUGCAAAGCGCCUUGUGCAGAAGAUCAUGUCUGAGAUUCCUGAUGUUGUGAUGAAUGGAGACCCAGAACUGAGGUACCCAGGAUGCAUUAAUUUAUCAUUCGCCUAUGUUGAGGGUGAGAGUCUGUUGAUGGCCCUAAAAGAUGUUGCGCUUUCAUCUGGAAGUGCCUGCACCUCUGCUUCCUUGGAGCCCUCGUAUGUUUUAAGAGCAAUAGGAACAGAUGAGGACUUGGCACAUUCGUCUAUUAGGUUUGGAAUUGGAAGAUUUACCACAGAGGAGGAAGUAGACUACACAGCAGAUAAAUGCAUUCAACAUGUUAAACGGCUAAGGGAGAUGAGUCCUUUGUGGGAGAUGGUCCAGGAAGGCAUUGAUAUCAAGAGCAUCAAAUGGACCCAGCACUGAACUCAGUUUCAGUUGAAGUAAAAGUGGCUGCUUUGUAAAUACUUCACCUUGUUCCCACCAAAUAAACGCACAAUUUUAUUUCUCUGUGUGGGGACUUUGGCUUAACUGUGUGAGCUGUUUUACUUUUUAAGAUUUCCAGUGCAUUGGUAAAUUGCUGAGAUUGCAAAGAUGAGUAUUUCAUCAAAUGCAUGCUUUGUCUUAAAAUCAGCUUUCACUACUAUUUAGUGAAAAGUUUAGGAUUGUUUUAUACAGAUUAUUUCAGUUACUGUCUGUGUGCUGUGUGAAGUUUAAAUUACUUGGAAUGUGAUCUUAAGGAUUUUGAACUCUUAUUUUGUAGAACACAUCAGUUUAUACCACAAACACUUUACACACUUCAGUGUCUGUUGUUCAAAAACUGAUAACUGUACUAUUUCUGUGAUCAACAAAAUUAAUUUCAAUAAAUGUCUUUACAAGUAUA